CAGGCUAUAAAGGCAGCGCAGGGAGCGCGCGCGCUUCGCGAGUCUUCUUCCUGAUUGACUGGUCUUACCACUUUUGCUUCAGUGCUGCAAGAUGUCGUCAGGAAAUGCUAAAAUUGGGCACCCUGCCCCCAACUUCAAAGCCACAGCCGUUAUGCCAGAUGGUCAGUUCAAAGACAUCAGCCUAUCUGACUACAAAGGAAAAUAUGUGGUGUUCUUCUUUUACCCUCUUGACUUUACCUUUGUGUGCCCCACGGAGAUCAUUGCUUUCAGUGAUAGGGCAGAAGAGUUUAAGAAACUGAAUUGCCAAGUGAUUGGUGCUUCCGUGGAUUCUCACUUCUGUCAUUUGGCAUGGAUCAACACACCCAAAAAACAAGGAGGACUGGGACCCAUGAACAUUCCGUUGGUGUCAGACCCCAAGCGUGCCAUUGCUCAGGACUAUGGAGUCUUAAAGGCUGAUGAAGGCAUCUCAUUCAGGGGCCUCUUUAUCAUUGAUGAUAAAGGUAUCCUUCGCCAGAUCACUGUAAACGACCUUCCUGUUGGCCGCUCUGUGGAUGAGACUCUGAGACUUGUUCAGGCUUUCCAGUUCACUGAUAAACAUGGGGAAGUGUGCCCAGCUGGCUGGAAACCUGGCAGUGAUACCAUCAAGCCUGAUGUCCAGAAGAGCAAAGAAUAUUUCGCUAAGCAGAAGUGAGCACUGGGCCAUCACAGGGUCAUGUGGCAGUGCACUGUCUUGAGAACAAAACCUGUCUUUUACUAUUGUCAUGCUUAAAACAAAGGUCUUAGACUUAGUCCAGAUGUGGCCUUUUUUGUAGGGUUUGGGGAGUCAGCCUUUCUUCCUCUGGAGGAAAUGGUCUGAACUUAUUACGGAGGAGGCCCACUGAUGUGUGCAGUCGUGGGGCAUCACCUUUGAUCUUUUGUAGUUUCUAUUAAACUUGAACGGAGACCUUGUUGUUUCUUCA